AUGAGAAUUCGAAAAGAACGUACUAUUGAUAGAUCACUUCAAGAUGAAAUUAAGAAAGAAACUAAAACUUGGAAUAAGAUUCUUGAACGAAUCUUAGACGCAAUCAUGUUUCUAGCCAAGCAGAAUUUAUCUUUUCGUGGUCAUCGAGAAAACAUUAACAAUAAUAAUAGCAGUGGUGGUAAUUUCUUAGAACUAAUAAAACUUAUAGGAAAAUAUGUUCCUGUUAUAAAAGAACAUUUGAUAAAUAUUCGUCUGGCUAGCGAAAGACGAAUACACUUGCCAAUUUCUUACUUGUCACCAGAUAUUCAGAAUGAGUUUAUUAUUCUUCUUGCACGUUGUGUGAAAAACGAAAUUUUGAGCGAGAUACGUGAAGCAAAGUAUUAUGCCAUUCUUUUUGAUAGUACACCAGAUGUUGCACAUAUUGAUCAGAUGACAGAAAUAAUUCGAUAUGUAAAGAUUGAUGAUGCAAAAGUAGAAGUCAAAGAGAGCUUUUUACAGAUUCUUCCUAUGAAAGGAAAAUCUGCUGAAAAAAUUGUAGAAAUGAUUCUAAAAUUACUGAAUGAGGACAAACUGCUGAUUGAAAAUUGUCGCGGCCAAGGCUAUGAUAAUGCUAUCACGAUGUCAGGCGUUCACCAUGGAGUGCAGUAG